AUGAGUUUUUACAAUAGACAUGCUGGACAUGAUCAUGGAUCAACAACUAUGGAUAUGGCCUCAAUGGUAAUGAGUAGUACAAUGGAUAUGGUAAUGGAAACUACAGCUGCUGCAGCACUGUCAAUGUCUCAUGAUCAUGGAGAUGAAGGAAUGGGAAUGCAUAUGUGGUUUACUACACAAUUUAAAGAUUAUCCAGUAUUAUUUAAAAAUUUAAGUGCAUCAUCAAAAGCAGAAGCAUUUGGUAUAUUUGUAUUAUUAUUUUUUGCAGCAUUUUUUGCAAGAUUUUUAGAAUUUAUUCGUAAUUAUUUGGAGGAAGUUGUAUGGAAUAAUGAUAAAUAUGUUGAAUUUGAAAAUGGAGUAGUUAAUCAUAGUGCAAAUUUACAACCAACUACAUCAGCUCAAGCUAAUAGAUCAGGUAUUAAUGAUGAAAGUAUUGAUAAAAAUAUGACAAAUGAUGAAAAUGAUACUGAAAUUAAUUCACAUACUUCUAUUUCUUCAAAAAAAUCAAAUAUGCCUGUUGCAAGUACUAUUGUAAGAGAUGCAAUAAGAUUAGUACUUUGUAUUGUACCUGAUUUAUUUGGUUAUACAUUAAUGUUGGCGGCUAUGACUUAUACUUUAGUUUAUUUUUUUGCUGUUGUUAUAGGUUCAGGAGUUGGAAGAUUUGCAAGUGAAAGAUUAAUGGAAAAAUAUAGAAUUAAACGAUCACCACCGAGAAAUUGUUGUUAA